AUGGCCAACAGGUGGUGGGACGAAGGCCGGUUGACGGAGGCGCCGCCUGCAUCAGGCCUCGCCAGCAACCAGAACCAGAACCAGAACCAGCAGCAGCAGCAGCUGGAGGACGCCAUGGCGGCGCCCAAGGUCGACGGGGAGAGCAGCAACAGCGGAGGGGGCAGCGGGCAGGACGACGAGCCCAAGGAGGGCGCGGUGGUGGUGCCGGCGAACCGCCGCCCGCGCGGCCGGCCCCCGGGCUCCAAGAACAAGCCCAAGCCGCCCAUCUUCGUCACGCGCGACAGCCCCAACGCGCUGCGCAGCCACGUCAUGGAGGUGGCCGGCGGCGCCGACGUCGCCGAGUCCAUCGCCCACUUCUCCCGCCGCAGGCAGCGCGGCGUCUGCGUGCUCAGCGGCGCCGGCACCGUCGCCGACGUCGCCCUGCGCCAGCCCUCCGCGCCGGGGGCCGUCGUCGCGCUGCGCGGCCGCUUCGAGAUACUCUCCCUCACCGGCACCUUCCUCCCCGGGCCCUCGCCGCCGGGCUCCACGGGGCUCACCGUGUACCUGGCCGGAGGGCAGGGGCAGGUGGUCGGGGGCAGCGUCGUGGGCGCGCUCACCGCAGCCGGGCCCGUCAUGGUGAUCGCGUCCACCUUUGCCAACGCCACCUACGAGCGGCUGCCGCUGGACGACGCCGAGGAGGAUCACCACCAGCUCGACGCCGCCCGCAGGCACGGUGCCCCCGGUGCUGGUGUUCCUCUUCCUCCGAUGAUGGCCGGCGACCCCUCCGCCACGGGGAUGCCGAUGUACGGCGUGCCGCCGAACCUGAUGCCGGGAGGUGGCGGGCACGCGGCACCGGAAUGGGCGGCGCAUGCACGGCCGCCCUACUAG